GCCGCCGCCGGGCGCAGCAGGCAGAGGGAAGGCAGGGAGCGGAGCUGCCGUUGCCGCCGCCGAGGGCCGGGGCCUUGGACGCGUCCGGCAAGAGCGCAGGAGGAGAAGGAAGGGGAAGCGGGGGGAGCCAGCUGGCCCUUCUCGGAGGACGCGGCCCGCAUCCGCCCAGGGAAGGGCAGAGGGAAGCGGAGGGGGAGCGAGCGGGCGCCGCCGCCGAGGAGACAAAGAAGCGGAGCCCGCCUGGGCUGGGAGCCUCCCCGCCGCCGCCGCCCGCCCCGCUCCGCUCCCCGCCGGCCGGCCGGAGGUGGUGGUGUAUAGAACUUUGUUGGAGAGUCCUGCCUUUCACUGCCUGGAUCCUUUUAACAGUGUGUCAAAGAAGGACUCCAUGAAAGAUGACAGAAGAAGUUAUUGUUAUUGCAAAGUGGGAUUACACUGCACAGCAGGACCAAGAACUUGACAUCAAGAAAAAUGAGCGUCUUUGGCUAUUAGAUGAUUCUAAGACAUGGUGGAGGGUAAGAAACGCGGCCAACAAAACGGGAUAUGUGCCAUCAAAUUAUGUGGAGCGAAAAAACAGCUUGAAGAAAGGUUCUCUGGUUAAAAAUCUAAAAGACACACUGGGCUUGGGAAAAACCAAGAGAAAGACGAGUGCGAGAGACGCCUCCCCCACUCCCAGCACAGACGCAGAGUACCCUUCCAACGGCAGCAGCGCCGACCGGAUUUACGAUCUGAACAUUCCCGCCUACGUGAAAUUUGCCUACGUUGCCGAGAGGGAGGAUGAGCUGUCCCUCGUUAAAGGGUCCCGAGUGAUUGUCAUGGAGAAGUGCAGCGACGGCUGGUGGAGAGGGAGCUACAACGGACAGAUCGGCUGGUUCCCUUCGAACUAUGUGGUAGAGGAGGUUGAGGAAGCAACUGCAGAUUCACCCAGCUUCCUCAGCCUUAGGAAAGGCGCUUCCAUGAGUAACGGCCAGGGCACCAAAGUACUCCACAUCGUUCAGACACUGUACCCAUUCAGCUCGGUCACGGAUGAAGAGCUCAAUUUUGAAAAAGGGGAAACGAUGGAAGUCAUUGAAAAGCCAGAAAAUGACCCAGAAUGGUGGAAAUGUAAAAAUUCCAGAGGUCAAAUCGGUCUUGUUCCUAAAAACUAUGUAGUAAUCAUUAGUGAUGGUCCUUCCAUGAACACUUCCCAUCCACCUCAGAUAAGCUACACGGGACCAUCUUCUACCGGACGAUUUGCUGGAAGAGAGUGGUAUUACGGGAACGUUACCCGGCACCAAGCAGAAUGUGCCCUGAACGAAAGGGGAGUGGAAGGAGAUUUCCUUGUUAGAGACAGUGAAUCUUCGCCCAGUGACUUCUCAGUAUCUCUAAAGGCAUCGGGGAAGAACAAACAUUUCAAGGUGCAGCUCGUGGACAAUGUCUAUUGUAUUGGGCAGCGGCGAUUUAAUACUAUGGAUGAGUUGGUGGAACACUACAAAAAGGCUCCCAUCUUCACCAGUGAACACGGGGAAAAGCUAUAUCUUGUGAAAGCACUUCAGUGACGUUGAAGAUGGACUUGGCCACCUGGGCCUCUUAUAACUUACAAGCCUUAGGUCCUAAAUUCACUUUUAUAGAGCAGAGCAAUAUCUGAAGCAGGCUUAAGGAAUAGGCUCUUUCUAAAGUGUUUGCUCUGUCAGUUGCUGUUUGUCCUUUUUUUUUUGUUUGCCUCUCUUUGUGUUCCAGUUUUGUUAACCUCUGACCACCUCUCUUCAGGUUGAGAGUUUCCCUUGGGUGGCCGUGGCGAGCACUCACCUUCCCAGCAGAGUUCAAAACGCCCCUCUCCUGUGUACGUUUACAUAGUUAGCUCAGAUCAAGGAGGGGCGUUUUCAAUUCAAACCAGUGUUAAUCUGUUCAGACUGCUCAUGCAGGCAGAACUCUCCCUUCAGAGACAUCGGGCACAGUUUGAAUGCACUGAAGCUGCAGCUGCUUAAGUGAGAGAGAGUAGACAUAACAGUUGUGGCUGUGAGUUCUGUAGCUCUAUCGCUUACCGAGUAGGAUAAUACAAAACCUCCUAGUUCCUAGAAGCACUCUUUACACUGUACUCUGCUGUUACAUUGCCUCUCUGACUCUUCGUAAAGAGUACACUAAUUAAAAGCAUUUUGUAAUAGUACUUCUUAAACUACUAUGGUAAGAUUGUAGUAAAAGAAAACUAGUGUAUUUUGGUCUGUAAUUGCAACAAAGAGAAAUUUUAUUUGAAAGUUGAUUACUAGAGAAAGAAUAAUUGAAUUGUAAAGGCUGAAUGUUUCGGUAAUCUACAACCAAAUGUGCCAUCCACAUAAUGCUUUUUCCUCUUGCCCUUCUGCUUGUUUGAAUUAAACGAUUAUGUAUUUAAUUCUCAAAGUAAUAUGUAUCUGUAGCUGAUUGUUGACACUAAUACAGAAGAUUAAUAAAAACUGAUCUUGGGACAGGGUGGGGCGGGCUACCAACACUAUAUAUAUAUUUGCUUUACAGAAAGAAAUCUUCGGGUUUUACAGAGGAUGGUGUGGUUGGUAGGAAGAGACACACAGAAUGUUUAUGAAGAAAAUGCAUUUUUCUCUUUUCUUUACAUUUAAACUCCUUUAUGGUUUAAAUAUACAGUCUUUAGAUGGCACAUUCCUGAGAUUGAAGAACGGAUCAUGAGAUCUCAAAGUCUUGCAUACUCAGUUUUUUGGAUAUUGUAAUAAAAAAGGUAUUACGUCA